CAAGAAAAGAAAACACUAAAAAAAUAACAAAAAAAUCCAAAAAUAAGCAUAUUUUAAUCAAAUUAAAAGAGAAAAGAAGUUUAACGGAACAAGUGUUUUGUUGUUAUUUUUGUUCUAAAGAAAAUCCAAUUGAAAUUGUGCUGUGACAAUUGAAAAUUUAGUGUGAAUUUAAGAGAAAAUUAAUUAAAUCGACGGAUCUGCUGUUUGGGGCUGGCUGUUUACAAAGGAAUUUACAUCGUUGUAAGAUAAACGGCCCCCCUCUCGCUCCCAAUUCGAAGAUAAACUUACAACAUUAACGCCCUGCUUUGUUAUAACUUAACAAAACCAAAAGAAAAUAAAGGACAGCCACAAAUAAAAAUAUCAACAAGAAGACGUCGGUAUCCUUUGGCAUAGCCUUGUUAACAAAAUGGUUUUGGUAUUGAAUGGUGUCCUGCAGGACGAUUGUCCGAUGGACACGACCAGUCUGUUCAUGCAACAUCCUGUCUACAGAGAUUAUGCCCAGCAAUUGUUAUCGAUACCCACAAAGUCGGUAGGUCCGGUGGGUCUUCUGUACGUAGGUCAACGUGAAAUGGCUGCUGCAGCACCGCAUGAUAAAAAUAUCAAUAUAAUUGGUACAGAUGAUGCUACCACCUGUAUUAUUGUGGUGGUAAGGCAUUCAGGUUCUGGUGCUGUAGCAUUGGCCCACUUUGACGGCACUGGCGUCGAUGAAGCUGUCUGCACUAUGGUGGCCCGUGUCCAAGAGUUGGCCUUAGGUUAUCCGGAGGGCCGCAUUGAAUUGCAAUUAAUUGGUGGCUAUCGUGAUCCACAGAGUUAUGGCGAAGAGGUUUUCUACAGUAUAAUGCAAUCAUUCCACAAACAUCAUCUUGAAAUUGAUUUAACACAAGCCUGCGUUGGGGAAUUAAAUACAAUUUUACGUGGCGAUAUCAAUUGCCCCAUUAUAUACGGCGUGGGAGUAAAUAUAAAAACUGGGGAAAUAUUUCCAGCCACAUUUCCCGAGCGGGGACCAGAUAGGGAAUUACGUGAUGCUCGUAACUUUAUGGGAGCACAAACGGUUCUUGAUAUAUAUGACGCCUCUUUGGGUCUAUUACGCAUCGGACCCUUUAAUUAUGAUCCCUUAAGGGGUGCCGAUUUGUGGCUGGCACAAACCGAUGAAUUUCUAUUGCAACAUUUAUCCACAAGUCCUGAUGUGGAACCACCACAUUUUACACAUCAUAUGAGGGCAACCAUUAAAUUCAUACAAGAAAACCAAUUUCCUGCUAUUACUGUUUUCCGAGACAAUCGACCUCGCUAUUAUAGACGCGAUGAAACUACGGGUUGCUGGACACUGGUUAGAUAUUAAUAAAUGUUUGCUUUAUAUAACUGUUUUUUAUGUUUCGUUUAUGCGUUUCCUAAUUGAAAUUAUAGUUUUCCUAAAGUAUGUAUAUGUGUGUUUGUAUGUAUGCAUAGUCGUCCUAUAUUAUUUGCUUUUUAAUUGAUUUUACACAUAUAUUUUUUAUGCUUUUUUUAAUGCAGACAGAAGGAUUUUAUGAGCAAGAAACAUUUUAUGUCUUAUUAUUUUAGACCGAGUAUACGGUGUUACAAAUCUUUUCUUACUUUGUAAUUUUAAAGUAGCUAGCAUCACAAACUGAUGUUCGAACCAAAACACUUAUAGGCAACUUAUACGUAUACUUGCCGCAAGCGAAUUAUUUAUAAAAAAAGACAUCUGAGCUACAGUAAAACUGUUAAUUGACACUAUAUGCCCAUGCUUAGAUUGGUCGAACGUGUGUCUUUAUGGUUCCUUUAAAUACUUAUUCUCCACCUGGUCUUAAUGUUCGGUUUUACUAAUUUUUGUUGGCUUCAUAGCUUUCUUCUAUUGAUAAUAAAACUUUUAGUUUUGUUUGUUCUAGUUAUUGUUCGUAUACUUUUUCCUUAAAAUUGUUACCCAAAUCAAUGUUGUAACAAUUCCCCGACUAUUAUUUGAUUUGUAAAUACAUUUCUCUUUUAUUGUUUAUUUUUGAUUUCAAGUUUAUCACCUACUUGUUUUGUAUUGUUACAAUGAAAAUCCAUGAUAAAUAACAAAUAUAUUUUAAUCUUUUCCCCAUUUUUCUUGUCUAUUUCAAAGAUUUUAGAUUGAAAAUUUCUUAAAAAGAAAUUUCUAACAUGAAAACUGUUUAUUUCGGUAUGCGCCUUAUUAAAGAAAGUAAACAAAAAAUGGAUUUAAGUGAAAAAAUCUUUAAAGCAAAACACACACACAAACAUAAACUCUCUUUUAAUAAUAAAGAAAUUGUUUAAUUUUAUUGAAAUUAUUUAGUAAAAUGUAUGAGAAUUUAAAACAGAUGACAUUGUACUCUAAAUAUAACAAAAAAUAAAUAUAUAUAUAUAACAA